AUGGCGAGCCGAUUAGGAUCAUCGACAAUGGCCGUCGGGAGAACGGCAGGUAGAACCGGUGCAGGUAGGGCUGCUCUCAGUGGCACGCGCGCGCACGUGCGAGCGUGCCAGCUCAGCACGGAGAUCCACACGCUAUUGGCCGUCAUGCGCCAGAGCUCCAAAUGGGCUGUCUCCCCGAUUUUCCUCGACGAGACCUCCGGCGUCGACGCGGAGGAUCCGCUUUUGCGCAAUCUUAAAGCCCUAAGGCAGAAGAUCGUCACCGAUUGGUCAGACGACGACUGGGAGGCGGCGCGCGUGCCGCCUUCCGCGUACCUCGCGCCGUUUCUCGACGUCGUGCGAUCCGAGCGAACAAACACGAUUGUUACCAGCGUCGCAUUGUCGUCAGUGCUCAAGAUCCUGAAUCUGCAGUUUUUCGACGAGUCGACGCCCGGCGCGGCGGUGGGGAUCCACAUGGUCAUGGACGCGGUCACGUCGUGCCGCUUCGAGGUCACGGAUCUCGCGUCGGAAGAGGCAGUUCUCGUCAAAAUUCUCCAGGUUCUUCUAGAAACGGUUCUUCUAGAAACGGCGCGCAGCCCAGCGGGUCCCCUGCUGUCAGAUCGCCACAUGUGCAGCAUCGUCAACACGUGCUUCCGCGUGCUGCACCAGGCGGCCUCUAAGUCACUGAUUCCCCCCUUUCCCCUUCCCUCCCCAUCCCCCAGAUUCUCCUGGAAACCCCCAGCAGGCCCACUCCUCUCGGAUCGCCACAUGUGCAGCAUUGUCAACACGUGUUUCCGCGUGCUGCACCAGGCGGCCUCCAAGAGCCACCUGCUGCAGCGCCUCGCCUGCCAAACCCUCCUCGACAUGGUCCGCGAGAUUUUCGGGCGGCUGCCCGAGCUGCCCGCGAGCGAGGAGGAAGGGGAGCUGGGGGAGGCCGAGGCGACGCAGGGGACGAUGGACAGCACGCCGUUCUCGCCAAGAGUGGAGGCGAGGGAGGGGGGCGGGGAGGAGGGGGUGCAGGAGGGUGCGUUGGAGCUUGGGGGAGGGAUGGUGGAGGAGGGGGGCGGAGGGGAGGGCCGAGAUGGUGGCAAUGCUGGUCAGGUGAGUGUGGUUGAACUGGGUCAGGGAGUGGGGCUGCGAACAGGGAAAAGGUGGGGGGAAGGCGAGGCGACACAGGGGACGAUGGACAGCACUCCGUUCUCCCCUCGGGUGGAAGCGAGGGAGGGGAGCAGGGAGGAGGGGGUGCAGGAGGGCGUUUCAAAGCGCACCAUCUGUGCUGCUGCUGCUGCUGCUGCUGCUGCUGUUGCCAUGCAGGGUGAAGCAGGUCCCAUCCCAGUAGGCGCAGCAGGAGGGGUGGCUGUAGUGAGUGCCACAGACAGAACCAGCGCCAGCAGCACCGCCAGCGAACCCCACUCCACGCCAACACCCAAUGGCCUUCCUCCCACCUCAGCCUCGGCACCCGCCAAACCUCCCCCUCCCGCCGAGCCUGUCGAACGGCCCGGGGGACAGCGCGGCUCAAGCAGAGAAGCCGCAGGCGAGGGAGAGGACAGGGAGGAGGGCGAGGAGCGGGGGCAGGCAGGCAGCAGCAGCAACAGAGCGUUGGUGGGAGCGUUGGGGCGCCCGCAUGGGGUGGCGUGUGCAGUGGAGGUGUUUCACUUCCUCUGCUCGCUGCUAGGCCUGGAGGACCACCAGUCAGCGCUCUUUGCCUCGGGCAUGCUAGCAGACGAUGACGUGUCUCUGCUGGCGCUCAGUCUGAUCUCGGCUGCUCUGGAGCUCGCCGGCCCAGCGGUGGUACACCACCCGCGCUUGCUGUCGCUCGUUCAGGACGAGCUGUUCCGGUCGCUGCUGCAGCUGGGACUCUCCCCCAACCUGCUCGUACUCUCCCAGGUAACUCAAGGUAGUGCACCUCAGUGUACUGCAGUGUACCUCUGCCUCUUCAUGUGCUGCACCGCUUCCCAUCCGCACAACCCCCCCUCCACUGCCUGUCCUGGCCAUAGUGCAAGCACUUUUAACCUCCACUCCACCCGCGUGCACCUUUCCGCAUAUGCUCUCUCUGACCUCCACCUCUGCCUCUCCAUGCUUUUUCCCCACCUCCCAUCCCUCCCAGCCAUAGUACAGACGCUUUUCCACUCGGCCCGAGCACACCUGAGGCUGCAGCUAGAGGCCUUCUACACCUGUGCUCCCCCCAACCUGUGCCACUGCCUGUGCCUCUGCCCCUUACAUGCGCCCUACGACCUCCCAUCCCCCCCAGUGCAAACGCUUUUCCACUCGGCCCGAGCGCACCUGAAGCUGCAGCUAGAGGCCUUCUACACCUGUGCUCCCCCCAACCUGUACCACUGCCUGUGCCUCUGCCCCACCACCUCCCAUCCGCCCCAGGUGCUCGCUAUAGUGCAGACACUAUUCCAUUCAGCCCGCGCGCACCUGAAGCUGCAGCUGGAGGCCUUCUACACCUGUGCAGCCCUUCAUGCGUCCCACCAUCGUGCCCCCCACCCCACCGCACUCCCACACCCCCAGGUGCUGGCCAUAGUGCAAACGCUCUUCCACUCGGCCCGAGCGCACCUGAAGCUGCAGCUAGAGGCCUUCUACACCUGCGUCAUCGCCCGCCUCGUCGGCACCGCAGGAAAGUUCACCGCAACUUCCUUCGCGCAGCAGGAAGCUGCCCUGGAAGCCCUCCUCGACUUCUGCCGGCUGCCCGAAUUCGCCGUGGAAACCUUCGCCAACUUUGAUGCCGAUCUGACAUGUGCGAAUUGCCUGGAGGAGCUCUCAGGGCUGCUUUCUCGGGCAGCCUUUCCGGGCCUGCAAUUCCUCCAAGCCUCCGCUCUCCUCCCCUCGCUCCCCGACGCCCGGGCCGUCGCCUGCUUCCUGCGCUUCACACCGGGACUUAACAAAACACUAGUGGGGGACCUGCUGGGCGGGCAUGAGGAGUUCCACGUCCGCGUUUUAGGGGAAUUCGCUAAGCUGUUUGAUUUCGAGGGCAUGGCGCUGGAUGCGGCGCUGAGAACGUUUCUAGAAGGGUUCCGGCUGCCUGGGGAGGCGCAGAAGAUAUCAAGAGUGCUGGAGGCGUUUGCAGAGCGGUACUAUGAGCUGGCGCCCGCGGCGUAUGGGUUUGCCAACCAUGACGUGGCGUAUGUGCUGUCGUACUCUGUCAUCAUGCUCAACACCGACCUCUACAAUGGCCAGGUGCGGCGCAAGAUGACGGAGGAGGAGUUUAUCCGCAACAACAGGAAGAUCAACGACGGCAAGGACCUCCCAAGAGAGCUGCUCUCAGAGCUCUACCAUGCCAUCGCCCGCAACGAGAUUAAGAUGUCCUCCGAUGUCUCCCUCUCCUCCUCCUCCGCCUCCGCCUUCCCUGAGAUGAAUCUCAGCCGCUGGCUCGGGCUGAUCCGACGGUCGCCGACCGCCGUGCCGUACAUUCUCGCAUCCAAAUCCCUCCCUCCUGCUCCGCCUCUCCUUCAGUCCUCCUCCCCUCCUCGCCCCUCCCCACCGUCCAAGCACCUCUCCCCACUCUCCCCGCCUCUCUCCAACCUCUCCCUCCCGCGCUCCUCCUCCUCCCUCUUCCUACUCCAACUGGACAGAGACGUGUUUGCAGUCGUGGCAGGGCCAGCCAUAGCAGCCAUAUCCGUUGUCUUCGACCACACAGAAGACGACGAAUCGCUCCUCCGCUGCUGCACUGACGGGUUCUCAGCCGCCGCUGACGUGGCGGCUUUUCACGGGUUCUCAGGAGCGUUAGACGAUCUGGUGGUCUCCCUCUGCCGCUGCACCACGCUCCGCCUGAACCCCUCUGGAUCGCUGCCAAGUGGCGCAGAUCUAGUGGACAACGCAGCAGCGGUGGCGUUUGGGGAGGACACCAAGGCUCGGCUGGCCGCCGUGACUGUCUUUGGUUUGGCAAACAGGCACGGCGGGGUGGUUCGGGGAGGCUGGCGGAAUCUGCUCGAUUGUGUGGUUCGGUUGCACAAGCUAGGGUUGCUGCCUGCUCGUGUUAUUAGCGAGGUGGAGGAUACAGAGGAUGGGGCAUUUGCAGGGGGAUUAUACGCCUCCCCACAACCACAUCAGCAGUCGCAACAGUCACAGCAGCAGCCGCAGCAGCAGCAGAUGGGAACGAGUCCCACCCCUUCCUCUUCCACUAUAUCAUCUACCACCACUGCUGCCACAUCAACCCUUGCCAUCACCAGCCCGGCAGCAGCAGCCGCUCGCAAGAAAGGAGCCGGCAGCAGCGGCGGCGGCGGGGGAGGGCUCAUGAUGCGGUUCUCCCAGCUGCUUCUGCUUGAUUCAGACGAUGACUACUCGUACGGCGGCGCCAGCUCAGCGCAGCCCACGGAGCGCCAGGUGGCGGCGCGGCAGCGCACGGAGGAGGCGGUGGGGGCAUGCCGAAUAGAGGAGCUGUUCCGGGGGACUGCUGAGGGGCUGGAAGCAGAAGCACUGAUGCACCUUGUGAGGGCCAUUGUGUGGGCUGCUGGGCGGGCGUUUAGGGGCGCGCUCGGGAUGGGGCCAGGGGGGACUGGUGGGGGGAGUGCUGGGGGCGCGGGGGUGGGGGCUGGUGGGGGUGGGAUGGGGGGAAGAGGAGGCGGAGGGGGAGCAGGAUCGGGAGUGGCUGGAGGAGGAGGAGGUGGGGGAGGGGGAGGUGCGGGUGGGGCGUCUGUGGGGGGAGUGGGGAGUGGAGGAGGGAUAGCCGUGGGGCCAUUAUCACCUGACGAAGAAGACACAGCAGUCUUUUGUCUCGAUCUGCUCCUCGUGGUAACCCUACGUAACCGCUCCCGGGUGCUGCUCAUCUGGCCACUUCUCUCCUCCCAGCUCGCGAUCAUCAUGCAGUCAGCCAAUGCCGGCCCGCCACCUGGCCCACUAGUGGAACGGGCAGUCUUCGGUCUCCUCCGGCUGUGCCGAAAGCUCCUACCCGCAGCCGAUGAAACCCUAGCAGACGAGCUUCUAAGGUCCCUGCAGCACGUGCUGAGACUCGAUGCCAGGCUAGCUGAUGCCCUCUGUGAGAGGAUCACGCGGGGUGUGUUGGGGAUUGUGAGGGAGGGGCGGCAGAGCGGGGCACUGCGGAGAGUUAAGUCUCCUCCUGGCUGGAGAACGCUUGCUGCUCUGCUGGCCAUCACAGCCAGGCAUCCGGAUGCUGCUGCUCCCGGGUUCGAAGCUCUGUCCUGGCUCAUGGCGCCCAUUCCGCCCGGUGCUGCUGCUCCCGGUGCUUCUCCUGCUGCUCUCGCAUCUGAUUACUCUGCUGGUGCUGUCGAGGACUAUGGGGAGGUCUGUACCGAUGGGCUGCCCUGUGUGUCCCCGUGUAACUUCAUCCCGUUCCUCGAUGCGGCUCGGGACUUUGCCGAGGCUCGGGUGGGAGGUUCGGAGCGGUCGAAGCGGGCGCUGGACCUGCUGGGGUGUUUGAUAGACUGUCUGCUGGAGUGGAGAGCGGCCGGGGAGAUGGAGCAAGCAGCCGAGGCGGACCGACUAGCAACAGCAGCAGCAAUGGCAGGAGGUGGUAGGAUUGAGGCGGACAGUUCGAGUAGUGCUGUUUCCGGGGCGUUCUCCCCACAGCAACAACCUCCCUUGUCAGCCGCCCUCUCUCCCUCGCAGCAAAGCCCCAUACCCUCAUCAUCAUCUGGGGGAGGUGCAUCUGGAGCAGGGCGGUUCUCAGGGCAGGACCUGGCAGACCUCUGGCUGCGCCUGCUGCAUGCUUUGCGUCGAGUCUGCUCAGACCAACGAGAAGACGUGCGGAACCAUGCCCUCGUGUGGCUGCAGCGGUGUCUCCUAGCUGCCGACCCCCUCCGCAUGCCGACCACCAUGUGGGCCCCGUGCUUCGAUCAGGUCGUGUUUGUCCUUCUGGACGAUCUUUUAGAGGUGCAUUUGCGGGAGAAACCCAAGGAAUACCGGGGUAUGGACGCGUCGUUGCUCCGUGCUGUCAAGAUGCUGUCCAAGGUUUUUCUGCAUUUUCUUGCAAGCCUUGCCUCACUGCCAGGCCCGGGGUUCCGAGCCUUGUGGCUCGGCGUGCUGCUUCGGAUGGACCGAUAUAUGAGGGCUGGUGGGGGGGGGGGUGGCGGAGGGAGGAGAGGAGGGGGAGGUGGGGAGGGGAGAGGAGGGGGAGAGUCAUUGAGGGAGAGUGUGGGUGAGGUGCUUAAGAAUAUGUUGAUGGUGAUGCUGACUCAGGGCGUGCUGCAGGUGACUGACGCGUCAGACACGGAGAGCCUGUGGACCGCCACGUGGCGCGCGGUGCACGCGAUGCUGCCGCACUUAAAGCCCGAGUCGCUCGUCCCGCCUGCACCAAUUGCACCUGCGCCCACAGGUGUAGGUGGUCCUGUAGGCGUAGGUGGUGCAGGGAUGGAUGGGCAGCAAGCAGGAGCGGCUGUGGUGGGAGGUGGGGGAGAGGGUGCCCUGGUGGGAGGGCAAUGA